CAAAAGCAGGGUUUAUCAAGAUGAGGAAGUAGAUUUAAAAUAAAUGGUUUCUUCAAGACUGUUGCAUCCUUUUUGUUACUCACAUGGGAUCCUGCAUUCCCCAGCCUGCUGUUUUACAGAGGGGUGGAAAGUUGGACUUGCAGCUUUGUGAAAGUAGGCCUCUAGCUAAUUACUUUGGUAAUCAGUUUUCUCUAGUUACCUGCAUUUAUAUCUAGGUCUUAGUUUUCCAUUUUUAAUCUAAAACGUGUACUACUAUAGGUGCUAUUCCCUUUAACAACUAUUUCUCAAAGGCUUCAUGACAUCAGUUCAGCCCUUCACAGGUCACUUGAAUCUUCUUGUUUGGCAGACCUCUCAGUAGAACUCAUUGGAAAAUUUUUCUUCUAGUAUAAGACAAGAAUUGUGAGCUUCUAUUCUGACUUUCUGACAAAAAUGCAGUAAUAUCCAUCCUCGAUUUUGGAAUUUUUGGUGCAGUAGAUGCAGUAAACAGAGCAAAGAUGAUCAUUGUGUAGAACCUUUGUGCAUCUUGUUAUUGAGCUUUACAUGUCCAGCAUGUAAAGCCAGCUUGCAGUAAACAUAACUUCUCGGUUCUGGUGGUAAACCCUUCCUGGAAGAGGCUGAAAUGGUUGGUGUUAAAUUUUGUGCAGGCUGGAACUCCAUACGGAUAUUCCUGCAGUGCAGGCUGUAAAGACCCAUUUCUAGUGACAGUGGUGGUUCACCCUUUUCUAUUCUGUUAUCUUUAAAUGUUACUGGGAUUCUCCAUUAAUUCCAGCUGCAAGUUUGUUGUGUGGGAAAUAUAAUUUUUUAUUUUUUUUACAGAGAGUAACUGGGGGAGGGAGAGUUUAAUUUGUGGUUAAAGAGACAAGAUAAUUAUAUGCUUUAUUAUGAUUGGUUUCUACACAGAACUGUGAAUGACUGGGGACCUCUACUUACUUGUAAACAAAUCACUGUUGUUGAGUAUUCCACAGAAUUUGUCAAAAGCUAAUUUGUUUGCUUAUUUUUCUUUUAGGAACUUCAUGUUGGUGUUGUUUAUGCCAGAACAUAGUAAGCAAGACAAAUUAACUCCAGCCUCGUGUAAAUUUUAACUGGCCAACAUGAUGCAACGGAGUAUGAAUUCCAGGUGGCUUUGGAAAUGAAAGAGAUCUGAGCUCUGGCUGCAAGCUGAACGUGAUGACGGCCUGGUCUAUGGUAGGGAAGCUGAAAAUGGAGAAGAGGUGCUCCAGAGAAGACAGGAAAGUGGAACAGGAUGCUGGGGGGUGCAGUGCUGAAUCUGAGGAAUGGACGAGCUCAGAAAGUGAACCUGAGCAAGCAUACUUCAGAAGCAGCUGUAGCAGUACUCAGUGGAAAGAAAAGGAAGUUCCCACUAAACCGCACCGGCCACUUUGUCGAUCCCCGUGUUUGGAUCGCCCAAGUUUUUCACAGAGCAGUAUCACACAAGACUUGAAGCUAGAUGAAUGCAAACCAAACUUGGACAAGGAAUACCAAGCUAAAAUGGAUUUUGCUUUAAAGCUUGGGUAUGCAGGAGAUCAGAUCCAGGCUGUACUGAAUAAACUGGGAGCAGAUGCGCUCAUCAAUGAUGUUUUGGCAGAGCUUGUGAGACUUGGCAACAAGAGUGAGGCAGAGGGACAGAGCAGUGCCAGCAGUACCGCAGGUGCUCUGCUACCAAGAGGCCCUUGCCCAAAGGAAAUUGCAAGCCCUGAAUUGUCACUUGAGGAUGAAGUUGUGGAUAACAGCGAUAACUUGAGGCCAAUUGUCAUUGAUGGAAGCAAUGUGGCUAUGAGCCAUGGGAAUAAAGAAGGAUUUUCAUGUCGGGGAAUUCAACUGGCUGUUGAUUGGUUUCUGGAAAAAGGACAUAAAGAUAUCACUGUGUUUGUCCCUGCCUGGAGGAAAGAACAGUCUCGACCUGACGCACCAAUUACAGAUCAAGAAAUCUUACGUAAAUUGGAGAAAGAAAAAAUUCUUGUUUUCACCCCAUCCCGAAGAGUUCAGGGAAGAAGAGUAGUUUGCUACGAUGAUCGAUUCAUAGUAAAACAUGCCUUUGACUCAGAUGGCAUCAUUGUGUCAAAUGACAACUAUCGGGACCUUCAAAAUGAAAAACCAGAAUGGAAGAAGUUCAUAGAGGAGCGGCUGCUCAUGUAUUCUUUUGUGAAUGACAAGUUUAUGCCUCCUGAUGAUCCUCUGGGGCGCCAUGGUCCAAGCCUUGAAAAUUUCUUAAGGAAAAGGCCGGUUAUUCCUGAACAUAAAAAACAACCGUGUCCUUAUGGUAAAAAGUGCACCUAUGGGCACAAAUGUAAAUAUUACCACCCAGAACGGGCAAACCAGCCUCAAAGGUCAGUAGCGGAUGAGCUUCGGAUAAGUGCCAAAUUAUCUGCUGUGAAAACUAUGAGUGAGGGAGCCUUGGCCAAAUGUGGCACAGGGCCAUCCAGCUCCAAAGGAGAAAUCAGUUCUGAAGUGAAACGCAUUGCCCCAAAACGGCAGUCAGAUCCAAGCAUUAGAUCAGUAGCUGUGGAGCCUGAGGAAAAGUUAUCGGUAGCCCGGAAGUCUGAGGCCAGCUCUGUCCCGUCUCUGGUUUCUGCAUUAAGUGUACCAACGCUCCCUCCACCAAAAAGCCAUGCAGCCGGUGCAUUAAAUACUCGUUCUGCAAGCAGCCCAGUGCCAGGUUCCUCACAGUUCAUGCAUCAGAAAUCCUCACUGGAACAUAUGUCCAGUGUGCAAUAUCCUCCUAUACUAGUCACCAAUAGCCACGGCACCUCAGUGAGCUAUGCUGACCCGUAUCCCAAAUACGAAUCAGUGGGGGACCAUGGCUAUUACUCCUUACUCAGUGAUUUCUCCAACUUGAGCAUAAGUAGUAUCCGUAACACAGAUUAUUACGGGGCUGAUAUGGACCAGGGGAUGUAUUCUAGAAACUCAAGCCCCUGUCCUGACAAUUGCUUAAGCCAUACAAGUAAUGAUUCUUAUUCCUCUUACAAUGACUUGUAUCUGGGUGUAGCAGAUGCCAGUCCAGAAGACAAUGUGAAGAUCCACAGACUGCCAUCGCAAAAUCGUCUGCAGCCUUUUUCCCAUGGUUACCAUGAAGCCUUAAGUAGAGUUCAGACUUACGGAACUGAAGAGCCUAAGCAAUCCCUUCGCAAACAGUCAGCUUCCCACUUAGGCCUACAUGCCCAGCAUCCAGUGGUUGGAGCACGGUCCAGUUGUCCAGGAGAAUACUCUGUGCCUCAAAAUGUUCACCCAUCAGCUGCACAACCAAGCCGUGCCUUGGUCAUGACAAGAAUGGACAGCAUUUCUGACUCACGGCUCUACGAAAGUAACCCGACCAGGCAGAGGCGGCCACCUCUCUGUCGAGAGCAGCAUGCUAGCUGGGAUCCACUGCCGUGUGCAUCAGAUUCGUAUGCUUACCACUCGUAUCCACUGAGCAACAACCUCAUGCAGCCAUGUUACGAACCAGUAAUGGUAAGAAGCAUGCCUGAGAAGAUGGAGCAGCUCUGGAGGAAUCCCUGGAUCGGGAUCUGUGGUGAGCCACGGGAACCACAUGUCAUCCCAGAACAUCAGUAUCAGACAUACAAGAACCUCUGCAAUAUUUUCCCUCCAGGCAUUGUCCUUUCCGUGAUGGAAAAGAAUCCCCACAUGACAGAUGCACAACAGCUGGCAGCUAUGAUUGUUGCCAAAUUGAGAACAGGGCGUUAAAGCAUCACAGCCUCUUUUGGAUAAAUGCAACCAUACAGUGAAUAGGGCCUAGGGGAAAACUGAAGCAAAGAAGGAAGGGGCCAACCCUUUGUAAAUAUUUUCUACUAAGAGAGUAUAAAAUUCUGUACACAGUAACAAUCGUGUAUAUUUUGAGGCACUAAGUAGGAGUUGAUUGUACUGUAAAUUUUAAGAUUUUAAAUAUAGGAAUUUUUAUUAGUAUUUUAAAGGAAAUGCAUACCUUGCUGCAUGGAUAGCUCAUCAAGAACCACAGUGUCACAUUCAGUGUCACAAAGCUGCUACAACAAAAUCACCUUUAGCAAUUAUAUUGCAUGUAUUAGUGUAAACUUUCAAUUUGCUUAUAAAUGCCUAAUAGGCCUUUAAAAGUAUGCUCUAUAGACACCUAGACAACUUUUAGGGUUUCAGCUUUGUCAGUUGACACUGCCUACUGGUAUAUUAAAUAUUGAAGAAAAAGGAACCUUGACAAAAAUUAAAAUACUCAAAUUGUAAAAGGAAAAAUUGAUUUCAGCUUUUGAAUGUCAGUGCUGUUGGCACUUAAAAUUUUAAAACUGUUCUCCAAGAGUUUGAGUAUCUGUUACAUUGUCCAAAAUGUUGGCUCAAUCCAGCAGAAGCCAAGUAGUUCAUGGAAUUAGGAACAAAACAUGAAGGACUAUAAAGGUAGGAGUGCCACUCAAUAAACUAAAAGAUGUUAAACUGUAGCAUCUCUCUUCAGAAUUGCCUGUCUACCCUGCAGGGAGCAGCUGCUUGCCAAAGAAGCUGAAAGCAAAUGGUUAUUUUUAUGUAAACUGGAUUGCUUGACCUGAAGCAGCAGAAAAUGGAUGUUAGCAUGGAAGCUCAUCCAUAACUACAGACCUUCUUUGGGAAGCAAGGAUGGUGUGUGAGCAAGCCUAACACUCCAGAUGGCUGCACGAGAUAUGGGUAGGUUGGGGGUUGAAGGCUGCUUCUGGAAAAAGAGACGCUACAGUUUCAGUCUUUGGCAAAGCUGGCCUGGUGCUUGCUCCUGGGAUCCAUGCAAAGGUGUGCAUUUGCCUGGUGAAGGAUUUAGAGUGCCUGUUUUAGCGGGUCUGUGGCAUUGUUUGCGCAACUGGUAUUUUCCUCAGGGUGGGAACCUUUGUAGCUAAAUGUCUCCAAAAGAGGCGUUAUUGUUUUUUAAGCUGCACUGAUCGGACGCCCUUUUUUGACUCCGCUGUAUAUUUCCACAUUUCAAAGCAUUACUAACUCGGCACAGCUCGAGCUAGGACUUGUUGACUUCUACUGUAGUUUUUUCAUGAAAGUUGAGAAGGCCUGGUUUAUGGCCUUUUGUUUCUUCAUGAGAAGGUGUGACACUGCCUAAAUGUUUCUUACCGUGAAACACACGGAACGCGAGGCUGCAGUCAGGGUUGUUUCUGGUGUUUUGAUAAUGGCUUGCAUGCUGCUUUCUUGUCCUCUGUCUGUCUGAGGAAGAGAGUUCUACCAUUUCCUCCACUUGUGUUACUGUAGUGGUUGGUUUGAUUCAAAAUAUCUUCUGGGCUCCUUAUCAUGUGCAAAAUAUGUUGCUGUCAUACCAAAAAAAAUCCCCAAAUUAACAACAAACCACAGUUACGGAUGCAACUUCAGUUAACUUACUGACAUUUGAUAACUGCAUUAUUUCACACAGAAUCAAUAUUCUCAUAUUGGUACAGGUUAUAUCUAUAAUAACUGUGUCAUUUAAAAUGCAUUAACUUGAAGGUGAUUCUGCAUUUACACUUGGCAUUUAAAAAUAACUUAAGUUUUAAUUAGUUGGUUAUCAUCACCUCUGCUAUUUAGAAAAAAUAAGUCUUCAGAGGCUUGAAAUAGUUGGGGAAAACAGAUUUAACUCGACCAUGUUUCAAAAACAUUUCUUACUAACCAGCAUUUUAUAUUUUUAGUUUGAGUUAAUUCUUCUUCUCUUCUCUUGCAUGGUGUAAGCAGCUGAGAGCAAUGCCUCAAAUAACCAGAAAUGACCUUUUGUUUGUUGAUACAAAUUGUAUCUCUUUUUCUUGAUUGUAUAAAAACUGUGUAUAAAAACCAAAAAUAAUCUCUAGGUUAACUUCAGUAUUACAUUUUCACCACAAUGUUUGUGACACCAUGUGUCACAGGGAAGUAGCCCAUGAGUAACUGUGGACCUUUUUUAUUUAAAAUGGGCACUUGUAGUUUAUAGACAAACAAGGACAACUUUCAGCACCAGUUUGAUGUGCGCAGAUGCUGUGUGCACGCCUGGCAGCGUUAUGUGGUUCUUUAGUCUACUUAUUAAGCAGACACAUUCUUGCACUAAACUUUAUGUUCAGAUGUUGCUGUUAACUCAUUUGCAUGUGUUUGAAAUGUAACUAUAAUUGCUAUAGACCCUGCUUUAUUCUUAAUGGAUUAAUUUAUAAAUUAUUUAAGUAUAAAAUUAAGUUUAUUGUGCACUCACAUUUUCCAUCUUGCAUGGAAUUAAAUAUUUGUAUGUAGAAUAACAUUUGUUCCCUUUCUCUUCAAUUACAAAGAUAAGCUAUUUUAAGAAAGUUUUAAUAGGUGUUUUUGAUGUUUUCUAGUGUGGAAAACUGAGCAGAAAUUUCUGUAUGAAGUCUUGGUUGGUUUGUGGAAAUACUUAAUUUUGUAAGAUUUAUCUAGUCAUUCUAAUUUCCACUUACUUUUGUCUUACUGAUAGAACAAUUUCUUUUUAAGAAAUGGGAAUGCCACACCAAUACAAACCCCACAUACGAUUUCCCUGAGGCACUUUCAAAGCAACUUGCCUUUUUUUAAGAAGUGAUCUGCAUCUGCCACGCGCAGCGUCACGGCAUGGGCAGUGCAGCCUCUGGGAAUCAGGUGCAGAUUUUGUGCUUGUUUGGCCCUCUGUAGAGGUAAUGAAACUUUUGUACGUGACCUGGUCUUUCGUAAUCAACUGCAUGAAGUGGUAACUCGCUCAUCCACAUCUUUUUUUCAAAUGUUUACAAGCCAAUUCGAAACAAUGACAUGUUCAUUAAUGUUCAGCACAUAAGCUUAGAUCUUCUUAAACGGAAGAGCUGAUCUCGUUACACCUGAUCACAACUGUCUAUAUUGUAAAUACAGACUUUGUAUAAAUGCUCUUUUUGAGAGCAUGCUAUUUAAAUGUUUUUAAAAAUGUAAAAGAACAGCUCUAGAAACUAUAUUUUAAUGAAAUUCUUGAAACUACAUAUCCAGAUGAGAGAGAAAAAAAAGGCGGGAAGGUGAAAUGCUGGCUACUGGGCUCAGCUGGAAUUGAGCAGCUGGCUUCAGCACUCAGUAGGGGCCAGAGCAUUCUCUGGAGUUCUGAGUGACUGAUCCUUCAUCUUCAGCUACAUUACUUGCACACAUUUGUCACUUAAAAGUGUAUAAUCUUAAAUUCAUGAAUCAAAAAUCAAAUGCUUUACAAGAUGUCCAAGUUAUUUAAUGUUUGGGUUUUUUCUCUUAACAACUACCUGUCAGUAAUAUAUUAAAUUGUAUAUAUAGAUGUUUUCACUACUGUUAGUCAUGUUGUUGUCGUACUGAGCUGCAGUAGCUGGCUUAAUUAAUUUCUAGAAUUAAACAUUACUGUUUAAUUGUUGUAAAAUUUUAUAAAUCUCUUUGGGUUUUUUGGUCAACCCAAAUAUAACGUAAGUCUUAAUGACAAAAUGAGUGACAAUGGAUGUUUAACCAGUAUGUGGUAUUUGUAAAUCUUGGUAGUAAUAAGUGUGCACUGCUCUGGUUGCUGCUGCAUGGAUUCAUUCACUGGCUGAGUCUGCUGCUGCUGUACAAAUGCUUUAACUGUAAAUGUAAAAACAGAAGGCAUACAUAUGGCUGCUUGGGACAAGCAGAAGAAUCCUCAUUAAAAGAAACCAAACAAACCCAAGCCAUCUGCAUAGGUGAAUUCCCCACUACUUUUAAUACCAGUUUGCCUCAAAUCGCAACUUUUAACAUAUUGAAUUCUUAAUGAUAAAGUCAGAACAUGCAAAGACUGUCCAGAUAAUCUGGUUAAAGAUACCUGUGAUGUGACCAAACCCCAAACAGGAACAGCGUGAGGGGCAUAGUCUGACUACAGUAACUGUUAAAACUCCAUGCUAGAGAGAAGGAACAUGCAGUGUUUCAGUGAGACUUUGCUCCACAGAGUUGAAAUAUUACUUUUUCUUGGCUUGCCAAAGUUUCCCUGAAGUAUUGGUAGCACGGGACUCGGAGCACUCGGAUCAUUAGAUCCGGGGAGAGUGCUUGGUGCUUGUACUCUUCUGACGCGCUCACAGCCUGGGUGUGGCAGAGCCCUGAACAACUGCAUCUCUUGCAAUAUUCCACCUGGAAAAAUUUAAGUGUGCAAUCACUGAAUUGUUCUCGUGCCAGUGCUGGGUUGACCUCUUCAGAGCUGUUACGCAACAGCUGUCAUUUUGUCUGUGGUAUUUAAAGCUUGUAUUAAGAGAUUUGAGAGAAGGAAAUAAAGGCUGUUACCUAUUCUGCCCUCCUGCUCUGUGUUAAAAGGUUUGCACAAUUUAAUCACAUGACAUAUGUUAUAUAUAUUAAAAAUGCUUAUUUAAUAAAACUGAGAGCCAUUGGAUUAUGUUUCUAGCUCUUUAUUUUGUAACCCUCUGUAGGCAAGAGCCCCAAAAGUGUUACUCUGUCUAAAACAACUGCUGUCAUCUGUCCAAAUUUUUUCAUAGUAUUCUUGGCUGAUUACUGAAAAAUUACCCAGGUUCUGAAAUUGUCCAUAUUGCUUAUGUUUCCCAUCUGCACAGGAGCAGGACAGGAGUUUUACUCCUCUUCAAAAAGCAGAGGACAGAGUGCUCUUCAGGCCCUGCUGUCCCAUUACGACGACAUCCUCAGCCAGUCUUUUCCUUCAUGAUUCUAACACAUGACAAUUUCCCUCACUCGGAAGGAGGUGACACCACGUCAGUUGUUACGCUUUGACUCAAACAGCUUUAACUCAUGGGGAAGCAGGAGAAAAGCCGACGAGAAGAAAAUGAUACACGAGGAUCAUGGCGUUCUGGAUUUACCUGAACUUCUCCCCACUGAUCUCACACAGGCGAGGAACCAGGCAAGUCAGAAGGCUGCACAGAACCAACUAAACUCAGUAAGACCCCUGUAUUACAAAGCUGCUUUUCCUUAAUCCCAGGAAACUUGUGCUUAAUUUACAUCCUCAAGCCUCCUGAAAACCAAGACUAAUUAGAUUCCACAGGACAGUUGUGCUGUUCUGGUUUUCUCCCCAAAACUGUAACCGCUGAGCAGGACCAGAGUCCUCGUCAGAGCAGCUCCCUUUGGUCAUGGGAAAAAAGAAUAUGAAAGACUUAAAGAGCCAGGCACAACACUGAAAAGAAACUCACAAGGCGGCAAAAGCCAGGCUGGGUCACGGGCCCCACGAGCAGCAGGCCCAGGCCUUGACCUCCUCCACUGUUCCUAACACAUCCAUCACCAAUAGCAGUCAAACACCGCCGUUACCCUGGCUUCUUACAUCUCUAUAUCCUUUUUUUAAAGCACCUGGUGGGCCUAUGCUUUCCCCACACUGGGUUUAACUCUUUCAUUUGACUCUGCAAGUAGAUCAGGGUUUUUAUUCCAUCGCUUGCCCACUGGGGUGAUGGCAGAUACACAGGGCAGUGACUGUGGCUGGCAAAGAAACCACAGCAGCCCAUCAUUUUACUAAGUCAACCUUUUCUAAAGGGGGGAAGGCUGCACACAGCGCAGUGCUCACCAAGCACCACUCCUUCCUUUUUCAACUGUUACGCUUGCUUGCAUUGGCAGACCUCAGAAGUACCAAAUACAAUAAUUUAAGUAAUUUCAUAUUCUACCAAACAGAGGAAAAAAAGAACAAAUCCUCUUCACUCAGCCUUUCCUAAAUAAGUUUGAGGAACUACUGGGUAAAAGGAGAAAAUUCUAAAAAUACUAGAAAGGGGAAGGGCUUACAUGAAAAAUCCUGCCUAACAGAAAAAGAGAAGUUUGUUUUCUCUUGCAUCAGCACUGCUUGUUUUUAGAGAAGGAAACAUACAAUGCAUCUUCCAUUUUAAACAACUUUUGGCUGUCUAGUAGAGAGCAACUAGAGUAGAACAGGAUGACAAAAAAUUAGAAUACACAUGUAAUACUUACGUUACAGAGACUGAGCUGAGCCUUUACUUCAGGGCCAGCCCAAAGCAUCCACAAAGCUGCUGUUCUGAACUCACAAUUCAAUACUACCCAGUGCCACACUAUGGCUGCACAUCCCAUUUGUAUCUCUACAGAACAGCUACACACAAUGUCAGUGGUUCUACAGAACUAAAGAGAUUCCAUUUCACAAAGUGGCACUGACAUGUUCCUGUUUCUGUGUGGUCUGUACGCACUGCAAAUCAUUCGACUGAUGCAGAGAAAGGCCCUGUCUUGCCCUCUAGCAGGUACAAUCCAACAAAUUCUUACUGAGGAGUCCUGCAAUAAAUAUAUGUUUGAACUAUUUUUUGACAGGUAAUUACAGAAGCCUCCAAGUUCCAAUAACCCUUAGUACAGGUUAAAACCCAUGAAUUUAGGGAAAAAAACCAACCAGCCAGAAGUCCUUUUCCUAAACAACCUUCCGAAGCACUCGAGUCUGUUUCUACAGUAAUCAUACCACUUCUCAGUAAAGACCACAGUGCUGGUUACCAACCUCAGCAAAAUCAAGAACAGAAAUAACAUCAAGCAGACAGGUGCAGUUACAAAGUGGUAGCAGUGACCCAAGACCAUCACCUGAAAAAAUGGUGAGAGAAUUUAGAAGAUUUUUAUGCACUAGGUGCAUUCAGCUGUGCUUAACCUAGGCUUGAUCCCUGAAGCUUCCUGUGAAAACCUAGCUAGAUGAAAAGUGCAGCACAAUCUUAGCCUAGCGAAAUCAUCCAAACUCAUACAGGACAAUAUUAGCAUCACUGGGAUAGGAAGGGCUCAAGUACUGUCUGGCUAACGAGAAACAGAGGCCACUUUAUCUGAGUGUAAAUGGAAAAACAGGAUGCAGAAAGGUUUGUCCCCAGUCCAUUGUAUUUAUUAACCAUGAAAAAAAUAAGGAACACUGAGGGAUUCCGAAGUACUCCAAUGGAAUUUGGCAAACAUCAACUAAAGCUAAAAGUUCAUGGCAGUGGUUAAGCAAGACAAUAGUUACUACACAUAGAACUUCAAACACACCACCUUUAUGAAAUAUUGAUUUUACACAGCAAAAAUCAGUAAAUCUUCAUUAGAAAAAUACC